UCACCAUGUUGUGAAAGCAUAUGCAACAGAUAACGUGUGAAAAACAUUAAGCUCCACCUCCCCAGUGCUGCUAUAGCUAUCUGAAGAAAUGCAAUGCUCCCAGUCAAAAACAACCAAUGAGCCAGAGGCAGCAGGACGUUUUAGCGAUGUCAAUGAUGCUCAUGUAUGAACUGCUGAAUGUGGUAAUGUGAGAAAUAACUUACCAUUCCAGAAAAACUGUUAAAGUGUCAUCAUCAGAGAGAGAAAAGUGUAGGGUAUGAGCAACGCAUGCAAAGAAUGAUUAACAGCGCCAAGAUCCUCCUCCUGGCUCUGAUUGGUUGUUUCUGACACAGCAGUGUAUUUGUGCGAAUGACAGCAUCAUCGGGAUAAGAUGGAGGAGUUUGUUUUUUCACAGAUAAUCUGUAUAAUUUCAUGGUAUAGUGGUGAUUUUCACAAAUAUCUAAAAGACAUAUUUUUUUAUAAAUGUUACUUACAGCUGUCUUAAGGAGUAACAAAAUAACCUUUCUGGACCCGGAGUGGACUAGAACACCUUUAGGACAAGCAUAUAUGAUAAGUAGUGCACACUAACUGUUAACAGUAUUACAUCUUGACUUCAAUCUUGACAAUUAAGGGCAAUAUGUAUCAGAAAAAGAAUCUAAAUAAUUAGUUUGAAUUUAACUUAUUUAUUCAAAUAAGUACAUUUCAUCAAUUAGUUGUAAUUUAAUAGUCAGUUUAAUUAAUGCAUAUUUAAAUGAUAAACUUAUACUAUUUUUCAAAGAAAUACUGAUUAAUCUGCACACAUAAAUUCUUAAACCAAUUUAAUUAGUUAAUCUAACAGUUUGUUUAACAGUGUGGAAGCGUCUCAGUGUUGCCACACCUCUUUUUUUUCAACCAGCCAACAUUUCCACAUUUGUCUUUCUGAUUCCUGACAUGUCACAACUUGUUCCUCUUUUCUAACUCUUGCUUUCUGCCAUUUUGUUUGUAAACCUUUGAGGAAUCAACUUUACCUCAGAAAUCUCACUGACUCUUCUGAAUUGAACAUUUUUGCUCUUCUCUUCCUGCUGACUGAACUAUAACUUUCUUCAUUGCGAGUGUCUGUUCCUGGUCAUGGAUGAUUUUGUUUGUGACAAACUAACCCAGUGGGGUCUGAGUGAGUUGAUAGAAACAUUUAAAGAUGAAGAAAUGGACAUGGAAAGUCUUUAUUGUCUUGAAGAUCAAGAUGUUGACACACUGAUUCCAAACGUGGACCAAAGGACCCAAUUCAAAAAGGGAUUCCAGCUGUUAAAGGAAGAACAAAGCAGAAAUCCACGGACGCAGCAUUGUCCUGCACAAUGUUACAUUAACUCUGGAUCUGAACAGUGUCCAACCCGAGAUGAUUCCCGGUCAAUUAGAUCCCUGUCGUCAUCAUCACCUGGUCGACCGAGAGAACGUCUCCUCACUGCCAACAAUGUGACCUCUGACCCAGCCAGGACCAGCAUAAAGUCUCUCAGCACCGUCACUGUCUCUGUUGGCUUGUUAAACAUCCGCUCACUCACCAACAAAGAGUCUUUCGUUUCCGGACUUUUGAGGGAAAAGCAGUUUGACUUCUUAUGCUUGACAGAGACCUGGCAGAAGAAAAACGAUCUUACACAUUUAAACAGGGCAGCGCCAGACGGGUAUUCUCACAUCAGCCAACCACGCUCUGGACGAGGAGGCGGUGUCGCAGUGCUCUUCAGAGACAAGUGGCUUGUAUCUCCUGUCAGUGUCCCCACUUACAACUCUUUUGAAUCUAUAGUACUGCAAAUCCACUUAUCAGUACCCACCAUUUUAGCCACCAUCUAUCGCCCUCCUGAACCCAACAAGGCAUUCUUAAGCGAUUUCUCCUCUCUUUUAACAUUUUUGUGGUCCUUAUCCCCAAAUAUUAUCGUAGUGGGUGAUUUCAACAUUCACAUGGACAAAUUCAGCAAGACUCUGACACGCGACUUUAAAUAUUUGUUGGAUGAUUUUGGAAUGCAGCAAUAUGUUGACUUUUCUACACACAGCCAAGGUCACAUUCUGGAUCUUGUCUGCUGCUCUGCUUUAACGCUUUCUAGCUGUACAGCAUUAGAAAUGCCCAUCUGUGACCACAAACUAAUUUCAUUUACAGUCACUUUACCACUAUUCAGUCUAGUUUCAUCUUCUUCCAAACGUCAGUAGCUCUGGUACAUCUGACAAAAUCACAAAUACAUUUAUAGACAAAAUUACAGAGAUGUUGUGGUCUGACUCUACAACAAUGCAUGUGAAAGACAUUCUGCAGAGCAAAACAUCCCUUUGGCUGGAUGUUAGUUUUUCUCAAUUGUUUUGGUGAAUUUCUCUACACAGAAUCAAAAUGUUCACUACUAUUAUUUCCACC